UCUUAAAUCAAAGCAUAAUGAAGUUCACCAUCGUUUUCCUACUGCUGGCUUGCGUCUUUGCCAUGGCUAUGGCUACUCCCGGCAAGCCAAAGCCAUACAGCCCACGCCCCACCUCGCAUCCACGACCAAUCCGAGUGAGGCGCGAGGCCUUGGCCACCGAAGAUCAUCUGGUUCAGGCUGCUAUCAGGCCCCCACCCAUUCUCCCCGCUUAAAGUUGUGGAACCAGUGGAAAACUGCAACAUGAACAUCAGAUCUAAAAUGUUUUUCAUUUCUUUCUUAAAAUUUAUCAAAAAGUUGUUAUUUCAGCUAGUUGAUAAAUAAUAAAUAAAUAUAUCGAAUGGAGCAACAAAAUAUUUUCAUGUUUUUUACAAUCACUAAUAUGUAUGAUGAAGUAA